CAAUUUUCAAAUUCUGCAUGCAUGAUAUCUACCAAUUCAAUGAUGAUUCUCAUCAUUCAAAUAAUCUCUACAGAAAUGAUGUUCGACUCCAACUUCUUAGGAUGUCUGUAUUCCCCAAGUUUCUCUAGCAGGGAAGGUAACAGCAGAUACUUAUUUCGAAUUAAAUAAUUGAAGUUUUGGUACCUACUUACACCUAGUACAUCCGAAAAAAUAUAUGUUCAAAUUUGACAGAGACUUGAAGUUUUUUUGUUCAGGUUGUGUCAAAACGUCACGACUAUUUUUAUGUAUUUAAACUUCAACAAAAAAUGUUUUUUUAUACCGUCUAAUUCUCGCAAUCUUUCCCAAAUUUCAAUUUUCGAAGUAUGGAUGCAGCCAAGUCAGCGACAAGAGCAAAUCCGAAGCCGAUAAAUGUCUUUUACGUUUGGUACACAGAACUUUGCAGACGAUUGAACUGCAACCCAGCGCCAGCUGUAAAACCAGCCAAACCCAAAUGCCAAACAAUCCUGGAGUUCGUCGCAGACCGUCUCAAAGUUGAAGAAUGGAACCCCAUCGUGAACGCUCUAAGGAACGAUACCAGCCUUCACGUUCUCAGCAUCAAAAGUAGGGUAGGUCCCUGUCAGUUCAUGCACGACAUCGACACCGAAGAGAAAGCUAGGCACAUGAAAAGACGUUUUGGAUCACUCUGGACAGCCUACGUCCUACGUAUCCUACUCAAAUCGAUCUCGACUUCCCUCAGAAACACCCAGGUACUCACCUGCUUAGAGCUAGACGGACUACCUAUGUUUGGGCAGUAUCUAGAACCCCUUCUCCAAGCCUUGAAGAAGAACAAGACUGUCAAGCACCUCUCUUUUGCAAAUUGCUUGAUUUACGAUGCUGGCUGUCAACUGGUAUGUACCUACCUGAAAUUCACCCCUAACAUAGAAGUUGUGAACCUCUCAGGUUGUGGUCUAGCAGCCGAAAGUGGGCAACAUCUUGCUAAACUUAUUAAGUACCAGCAAAUCAACAGGUACUGCGAAAGCUGGCAUAACUCUUUGAGGUACGAGAACCCACAGUCUGGCACUAUGAGGGGCAUAAAAAGAAUCACCAUCAACUGUAACUCGGACUUCGGUGACGAAGGAUUCACUUACAUCCUGGAAGAGCUAGAAGAUGAUUUGUGGAUCAAAGCUUUGGACCUCCAACGCUGCAAUAUCUCUGAAAACAUAGCUGCAAAGAUCUUAGACGUCAUCCAGUACAACAGAUCUCUAGAAAUCGUUGAUUUAAGACAAAAUGAUCUUCUCUAUAUAUCCACCAUUGAGAAGAUACUACAGCUUCUAAGGGACAAACAACAGUUCGGGUAUCAGCCUGAGUUCCAGUGGUGCAAUACUGCUAUGUCCUUAACAUGGAAUUCUGUACACGAGUCAACUUCAAAAUUCUCAAUCGCCACCAACAUCCACAAGACAAAAUCAGCACCAGUCAAAACCUCUUUGAAGACGAGUACUUUCAAUAUAGAUCAAGCUCUAAGGAAGUCCAAGACGGUGGACAAUGUCCAGAAGAAAAUGGACAGGAGUAGUGAAUUAAAGGUUCUAGAAUUGAAUUCAAAGUUACAGUUGGAGAUUCAUAAGAGGAAGGAAAUCGAAAAGAGAAAUGAGGAGUUGAAAAAGAAGUUGGAAUUGAUUCAGGGCACAGUGAAAAUGAAGCAAGAUGAAACAAAUGGAGUAAAGAGAACUUUAAAAGUCGUUAUGGAUACUGUGGAAAAGAAAGGAAAUCAUAGAGUGAAGAAAGAUAUUCGUGAAAAUACAGCCCUACCUCAGAAAGAUAGAUCGUCUAAAGAAAAGAAUGGAGUGAAACUUUUGAACGGUAUGAAGAACGGUUUGAAUAAAGAAGCGCUGGCAAAUGGGCAUAAAAAUGGUUUCAAAAAUGGUUUUUCGUCAAAAAUCUUGGACAGCGCUUGCAAAAUUUUCGAAAGUUUGUUGAAAAAAGAACCAGUGGAUGAGUCUAAAGAAGAAGAAGAAUUGCAUGAUUAUUUUCCAUCUGAGAAUCAAACUAGGAAUAACGAAAUAGAUGUCGAAUCAGAUAUUUCUUCCGGUAGCCAAAUGUCGUUAUAUCAGUUUAUGGAGGAAUUGAAACACGCCGAGGGAUCAAAAAAAUAUGCCAUGAAAGAAAAUCAUAAAAGAUAAAUUGGAUAGUUUUUAAGGUGAACUUAUGUUUGUAUAGAGAAAUUGAAUAGUCCACUAUUAUAUUAUUUUCAUCGUAAUGCCUACAGUAAUAUUCAGUGAAUAUUAUAGUCUUUAGUUACGGAGACAUAUCUAACUACUAUCUUUUGCCUUGAGAAGAAACAUUUGUUGAUUGACUUGACUCUGAUAACUGAACGAAAAACAAUGGAAUAAUUUUUAAUUUUCAUCAAAUUUGUAGCACAAUAAAAACUCAAAACACGAA